AUGCGGCUUCCUGGUGGUUCAUGGAUAGUCGCUUUCGCGCUCUUCGUGGAGUCGGGAUGGACAACCCUGUCGCUGCAAAUGUCUUUGCUUCUGCCGCAGAUUUGGAAGAACUGGCGACGACAUGACAGUCAAUCAUUGUCUGCCACGUUCUUUUCAUCCUGGGCCAUUGCCGGGGUGCCUCUUGGCGUGUACAACAUUGCUGACGACUUCAACGUGGCCCUCAAGAUCCAGCCGAACAUACUCAUCUUCCUGAGUUUGUGGACUUGGGGCCAGUGCAAGUACUAUGGUCAGAAAUGGAGCCUGGCAAAAGCCUUCAUCUUUUCUGCGUCCACAGGCACUAUUUUAGGCGCAAUAGAGGCAGGGUUGGUCCUUGCGCUCAGAGUAGCACGAGGACGAGGUCAACAAUGGCCUGCAACCUUGAUGGCCGUGGUUGCUGCUGUUCUACUGGCAGGUGGUGUAUUCCGACAUUAUUUUGACAUGUUCAAGACGCAGUCAGAUGCGGGUAUAUCUCUCAAGUUCGCCAUAUUGGAUGCCAGUGGAGACGUUGCGUCUUUGUUGUCGGUAGUUUUUCAGCACCCCUUGAGCGUCAAGGGACUCGUCAUCUAUGGUUCAGAGUUCGCUAUUUGGCUUGGCCUGAUUGUCAUUGUUUUAUAUUUUCGAGUUCGCAACAGAGGGAAGAGAGGAGAGGGGGGCGGGACAGUCACGCCAUAA